AUGCGUUCCUUCAUCUGGCUCCCUGCCACUGCGGUCCUCGCGGCUUUGGCCGAGGCCACAACCCUCUCUACUCUCGAAGAACUGUGCACCGAGUCCAUUGCUCAGGCAGCCCUGCCGCCCUCCGAAUUCAUUCAGGGCCUCACGAUUGACGCAAGCUCGGUGACGACCAACAUCGUCACCAACGACAGCGUCUCCGGCAAUGACUACCCUAAUGCCGUGAUCAGCUACUGCAACGUCACCCUGGCCUACUCCCAUGAUGGCAUCGAGGGUGACCAGGUGCUCCUGGAGAUCUGGCUGCCUGCACCCUCCGACUUCCAAAACCGCUGGCUCUCCACCGGUGGAGGCGGAUACGCCAUCAACUCUGGAGACACCUCCCUCCCCGGCGGCAUCAUCUACGGCGCCGCCUCGGGCAUGACAGACGGCGGGUUUGGGGGCUUCUCAGACCAGGCGGACACCGCGUUGCUGCUUGCCAACGGCACCCUCAACUACGAGGCCCUGUACAUGUUUGCCUUCAAAGCCCACCACGAGCUCAGCGCCAUUGGCAAAGCCUUCACCCGCAACAUCUACGGCCUCGCCGAUUCCACCAAGCUCUACUCCUACUACCAGGGAUGCUCCGAGGGCGGCCGUGAGGGAUGGAGUCAAGUGCAACGGUACGGGGACGAAUGGGAUGGCGCCGUUAUUGGGGCCCCUGCCUUCCGGUGGUCCUUUCAGCAAACCCAGCACCUGUAUUCGAACAUUGUAGAACAGACGCUGAAUCACUAUCCCUCACCCUGCGAGUUUGACUUCAUCGUGAACGCGACCAUCACGGCCUGCGACCCGCUGGACGGCAAAACUGACGGCGUUGUCGCCCGCACCGAUCUCUGCCUCCUCGACUACAACAUCACCACGCUCAUCGGCGAGACCUACUCCUGCGCGGCCUCUCGCGGCUCCCCAGCCGUGAACGGCACCCUGACCGCCGAGACCAUCGAAGUCGCUCAAACCAUCCUGGACGGCUUGCACGACUCCGAAGGCCGUCGGGUGUACUUCUCCUACCAGCCCAGCGCGGCCUUCGACGACGCUGAAACCCAGUACAACAGCACCACCGGCGAGUGGGAGCUCAACAUCGAUCAGCUGGGUGGCGAGUACAUCGCGCUCCUGGUCAACAAGAACGGCACAACGCUCUCUAGCCUAGAAGGAGUCACCUACGACACACUGAAGGACUGGAUGAUCUCCGGCUUGCUCGAAUACUGGAGCACCCUGCAGACCACCUGGCCCGAUCUGACGCCGUACCACAACGCAGGCGGAAAGAUCAUCCACUACCACGGCGAUGCGGACUACAGUAUCCCGACUGCCUCGUCGGUGCGGUUCUGGGAGUCCGUGCGGACCACUAUGUACCCCGGCCAGGAUUACAACACCAGUUCUGACGCUUUGAAGGACUGGUAUCGCCUGUACACGGUUCCCGGGGCGGGCCACUGCGCGCCGAAUGAUGCCAUGCCGAACGGGCCCUGGCCGCAGACGAACCUGGGAGUGAUGAUCGAUUGGGUUGAGAAGGGGGUCGUGCCGACGACCCUGAAUGCCACGGUCCUGCAGGGCGAGAAUCAGGGCCAGAAUCAGCAGCUUUGUGCCUGGCCGUUGAGGCCCCUGUGGGUUGAUGGCGGGGAGACUCAGGAGUGUGUCUAUGAUCAGAGAUCGAUCGACUCGUGGCAUUAUGAUCUGGAUGCCGUGCCGGUGGUGGUGUAUUAGGCUUGAUUUUGAGGGGUUGAGAGGUUCGAGAUGCGAUGCCGCGGAGGGGAGGAAAGCGGAUAUUUAUUAUUAUUGUGAUGUUAAACAGAUGUCUGGGCAAACAUGCUCCACG